GCAGUCUGUCCAAAGCGGGGGGGCACGAUGGAGCUGGUCCUGUCUGCGGAGUAGGAUGUCUGGGAGCGCAGACGGCAUCGUGCAGGAAGAGGCGGCGCAGGCGUUCCUGCACUGAGCAGACCGGCUGGGGGUGGAGGGAGGUGGACCAGGGGCCAGAAAGCUCGAGGCCCUCAUGUCGCCGCUGCGGGGCUCCUCGGUGCCUCGCGAGCACCUGGACGUGCUCUACAUCUCCACGGAGACGGCGGUGGCCCUGGCAGCCGUACUGGGCAACGUGCUGGUGGUGCUGGUGGUGAGCUACAGCCGAGCGCUGCGCGACACCACCUUCUGCUUCAUCGCGUCGCUGGCGCUGGCCGACAUCGCCGUGGGCGCCCUGGUCAUCCCGCUGGCCGUGGUGGUCAGCUUGGGGCUGCAGACGCACUUCUACACCUGCCUCACUCUCUCCUGCCUCCUGCUGGCCCUCACCCAGAGCUCCAUCCUCUCCCUGCUGGCCAUCGCUGUCGACCGCUAUCUGCGCGUCAGGAUCCCCACCAGGUACAACCUGGUGGUGACUCACCCGCGCGCUUGGCUCGCCGUCUGCGUGUGCUGGCUGCUGUCGGCGCUCACGGGCGCCGUGCCACUGCUGGGUUGGCACAACCAGCCGCCACCGCGGAACCUCAGCAGCGGCGCCAUCGCCUGCACCUUCACUGCCGUCAUGAGCAUGGACUACAUGGUCUACUUCAACUUCUUCGGCUGGGUGGUGGCGCCACUGGUCAUCAUGGUCGCCCUGUACGCCGAGAUCUUCCGCAUCAUCCGGCGGCAGCUGAGCAAGCGAGCGGAGGCGACGAGCGACACCGGCAAAUACUUCAACAAGGAGCUGAAGCUGGCGAAGUCGCUGGGCCUGGUGGUGCUCCUGUUCGCCCUCUGCUGGCUGCCGCUGCACAUCAUGAACUGCAUACUCUACUUCUGCCCUAAGUGCCACGUGCCCAAGGGCGUCAUGUACUUGGGCAUCUUCCUAUCGCAUGUCAACUCCGCCGUCAAUCCUCUCGUCUACGCGUUCCGCAUCGAGCGCUUCCGCACCACCCUUGUGCAGAUCUGUCACCGGUGCGCACCCUUCGGGAUUCGGGCCAGCCCCCCGCCGCUAGCUGAGAAGUCCGCCGCCAACCUGCAGGGGGCGAUGUUGGGGUGACCAUGCAUAGGAAAAGCUGAAGGGUGUAAAUUAAGUAAAUUCAUGCAAGCUACACACAUGACCUGAUGUCACGGCUGCUGAGGCGUGUAACAGGAUGGACUUUUCCAGAGCAAACCAAAGUUCAGUUUAAUAGUCCAUCUGCCAUGGGUCAAAAACAGCGAAUCCUCACCUCCGCUUGCAUAAAUAGCUAGCUGACUCCUUUUUUUUUUUUUGUCUUUUCUUGUCACUUAUCAUGGAAAAAAAAUUAUCCUUGUGCAGCCAGAGAACAUGAACUGCAUUAAUCUUUGUUGUUCUAAGCUUGUUUAAAUGUGCCUUCCAGAUGAAUAGUGGCUCAUCACUGACAGUGAUUUGUUUACAGGCUCUUAGCCAGCAGUUGUUUUAAUGAUAAAAGUGUCUUAUAGUUUGUCAGAUAUAGAACGAGACUUUAAAAUGCAUGCAGUAAAAUCUAAUUUGGUAAACAUUUGGUAAAAGACGGCAAAAAUUGUAAACAUUUUUAAACAUUAAAAAGAAAUCAACGUCUGGGUACUCAUUGCUCGAGCUUAUGUUCAGUAAACCAAGUUGAGUUAGAUAUAUGCACAUAUAUACAUACACACUAGGGGUGCAACGGUACAGGUAUCCCACGGUACGGUAUGUACCUCGGUAUUUGGGCCACGGUUUCGGUUCGGUUUAAAUACAACACUACAAAUAACACAAGAAAACAAAUAAUAAACUGCCUCUUAUUUAUGUAUAAAAUAUCUAUACAUGUAUAAAAUUCAAACUUACAAAAUGUAAACAAAAACACUUUAAAAAAUGUUAAAGUGCCUCUUAAAGUGCUCUAAACACUCUAUAUUCCACUCGAGGCUCUGUGCUUGAGCCAAAUCGUUUUCGAUGGCUUUGCGCGCUUUGUCAUAGAGGUCGUCGAAUUAUAACGUCGCUGAAAUGUGUACGGCAGGGCACAACAUAACGUGGGUCGAGCGUUUUAAUUAAGUGGCAAAACCCCGCAUCUUCGACAACAGAAAAGGGUUGCAAAUCUUUAGCAAUGAAUGUUCCCACUGCACGGGUUAUUUUCUUAUGUUUACCGGAUGUGGCAGGGUAUGUCUGUUAAUUGAAAAGCUUUUUCCGAUAGACACUUGUUUACCUGCAGUUACCUUUU